CUCCUGGGAGGCGUUCCUCACUGGACAUAACCGAGACACUGUACCCAGUCACUGCAGCAGUGCACUGGGCAUCAGCCUUUGGGCCAGUGUGUCAGGAUUUUGUUCUACUUAUUUAUGAAAAUGAUCUUUGCCGAGUAUCUGGUUUUAUCUUCCUUAGUGCUAGGAGGGCAGUUAUUUCUGUACCAGACUCAGCGGAUCCAGUUUGUGGAAGUUAAUGACACCGCCAAGAUCCACUGUUCUUCCACAGAAAACUUGAAAGGAGGAGAAUUGAAGGUGUUUUGGUAUUUGAGAAGAGAAGGUGAGACUCCCACGUGCAUUAAGCGCUGUUGGGAUGAUCAAACUGUAAGUAAAUUAGCUUGCAAACAUGAGACGCACAGCUCCACACUGGAAAUCAGCAACAUCCAAAAGACUGAGUCUGGCAUUUACUACUGUGCAUAUAAAUACAGCAGCUACCUGAUCUUUGGGAAUGGAACCACACUGAUUAUUGGAGACAGUUAUACCAACAGCAUCUGGGUGAUGCUUCUGGUCCCAUUUCCACGGGCCAGUCAAGUCACUGGGACAGCGAAUCUGGCCUGUGUGAUCCAUGGAGUGUCCAGCCCAGUCCACAUUUCCUGGAGUGUUUCUGGGGAGCUGCAGGAACAGGGACUGACACUCUCAUUGAAAGCAAAAGAUGGAUCAUCAACGCUCAUAAAUCACAUCAGCGUCCCCAUGGACACCUGGACCAGUGGGAAGGAUUUCACCUGUGAAGUCAAAUUCAACUCUUCUGGCACCAGUGUGAAGAAAAGUACCAGGUAUCCUGCAGCCUUUGCCAGGGAGUGCUCACAUUACAUCGUACUCCUUGCAGCUGGUGCUGGUCUGCUGCUGCUGGUGGUGUCUCUGAGUCUCAUUUGGAUCCUCUGCCCUUCCACACUAGGAUUCCAGCCCAGGAUCUCAGCACCCUCAGCUUCCGAGGAGCACCAGGGUGGAAUAUUAUACGCUCAUUUGGAUUUUGAUUCGCGGAAUCGCAACGGGCGCACGAUGCAGCGAUCGGCCAGAGGGAAACAUCUAAAACCCUGAAUUGUCUGUGAGGGGUAUCCACAUGUGGGAAUUGUUGGCUGGUUCUCUGCUGAUCGGACGUAGCAGCUGGGAAAAGGCUCUGUCCGUCUGCCACCUUUCUUUUUGUAUUUUCUCCACGUCUCUGUUUAGAAUAUAAAGGUCAGAUGAUCCCCACAGAGUCCAGCCUCAUGAGGUGGGAAAUCUCCUUUUGGGAUAUAAAGGCAUCGUGGUGUAGAUGACUUUACACAUCAGUUGUACUAGGUUGGAAGCUCUUUGGUGCAGGGACUGUCUCUUUGUUCUGUGUUUGUGCAGCGCCUAGCACAGAGGCGCUCUGGUCCAUAACCAGGGCUCCUAGGUGCUAAGGUAACACAAUCAUCAUCAUCCUCCCCCACGUGCUGAGGGAUCUAGACUCAGCUGAACAGCUGCAGGUUCCCUGCACAGAGUGAGGCCGGAUGGCAGGAGCCUGCAGAGGGGAUGUGCAGCCCCUGUAUUCGCCACAGCUCCCAGCUCCCCUGAUCCUCAGCAGGCAAAUGCUCCCUUUGUAACAUUACAUGGACAUGCAAUGGGAUUGUGAAGGGGAAGGAUGGAAGUGGGAGGGGCCGGGAGGGAUAAGACUCUCUCCCCAGGCCAGGGCUGGAGCUGCUACUCCAGUGUUUCUUCUACAGCAGUGUUCCUCAAUGACCAGGCCAUGGACCAGUGCCGGUCCUUGAGAUCUCCGUGACACAGUUUAGGAAGGCAGCAAGCCGGUCCCUGGUAUCAGAAAGGUUGAGAAAUGCUGGUGUAGAGGCCGCUUC